AGCGCCGCCGACCGGUCGCCACGAUUUUUCCCUUCUCGGCCAAAAUGGAGGAGAAGGUUUGUCGCCUAAUGAGGGGAGCGGAGAUUAUAUGACCGGAUCGGCUUGAAUGAAAGGCGACCAGGACCUCGCUUUUUUAGUUGAUCAAUAGUUUACUGGCACAGAAAAGGCGAGGAGCGGCGCGGUGAGGGUCGCAGCGCAGCGAUGAGCGCAGACGGGCUGGAGGAGGCUGCGAAGGACGCGGCAGACAUAGCGGCGUUUUUCAAAUCCGAUUGCUCGCUUCCAAAAUGUGAACCCAAAAUGGACGGCCCUGCUCAAACAUCAGGGUUUCAUCGCAACAAUGAGGAUAUGAAGGCUAUCGAUGUGCUUCCCAUCCUCAAGGAGAAAGUGGCAUUUCUCUCAGGUGGCAGAGACCGACGUGGAGGUCCCGUUCUCACAUUUCCAGCACGGAGCAACCAUGACAGAAUACGAUCAGAGGACCUGCGGAGGCUGAUAGCAUACUUAGCUACUAUUCCAAGCGAGGAGGUGGCCAGACAUGGCUUCACAGUCAUUGUGGACAUGCGUGGUUCUAAGUGGGACAGCAUCAAGCCUCUGCUGAAAAUCCUGCAGGAAUCUUUCCCUUCUUGCAUCCACGUUGCCCUCAUCAUAAAACCAGACAACUUCUGGCAGAAGCAGAGGACCAACUUUGGCAGUUCCAAGUUUGAAUUUGAGACGGUGAUGGUCUCCUUAGAGGGUUUAACCAAGAUUGUGGAUCCAUCCCAGCUGACGGCCGACUUCGAGGGCAGCUUAGAGUACAACCAUGAUGACUGGAUUGAGGUGCGGCUGUCAUUCGAGACUUUCGCCAGCGAUGCAGCGCGAGCUCUGGCACGCCUCGAGGAGCUCCAGGAAACCUUGUCCCAGCGUGACCUCCCUCGGGAUUUGGAUGGGGCUCGGCGGCUCAUGGAAGAGCACGCUGCGUUAAAGAAAAGGGCCACAAAGGCAUCCAUAGAGGACCUCGACACGCAGGGACGAAGGCUGCUCCAAAGGCUACAGUCACAGACUGCAGGGGGUGGGAGUACUGCUGAAAGUAGCUACGGUAACCGCGGUGGCGGAGCCAGCGGAGAUCCCAAUGACCACCAUCACGGACACGCUCAUGCUGACGCACACAAUCUAGUAGCUAAAGUGACGGCUUUGUUGGAUAAGCUGCACGGGACCCGGCAGAAUCUGCAGCAGCUGUGGCACAUGAGGAAGCUGAAGCUGGACCAGUGUUUCCAGCUGCGGCUGUUUGAACAGGAUGCUGAGAAGAUGUUCGAUUGGAUCAUGCACAACAAGGGGCUUUUCCUCACAAGUUACACGGAGAUUGGCGGGAACCACCAGCACGCCGUUGAACUGCAGACGCAGCACAACCACUUUGCUAUGAACUGCAUGAAUGUGUAUGUGAACAUCAAUCGGAUCAUGUCGGUGGGAAACCGGCUGCUGGAGUCGGGCCACUAUGCCUCCCAGCAGAUCCAGCAGAUCUCAGGCCAAUUGGAGCAAGAGUGGAAAGCCUUCGCUGCAGCGCUGGACGAACGCAGCACCCUGCUGGAGAUGUCUGCCAGCUUCCACCAGAAAGCGGAUCAGUACAUGAGUAAAGUGGAGCCAUGGUGCAAAGCAUGUGGUGAAGGAGAGCUGCCCUCCGAGCUGCAAGAUCUGGAAGACACAAUUCACCAUCACCAGGGGCUAUAUGAGCACAUCACCACCGCAUACUCAGAGAAGACUACAUUUCAACCUUUACAGGUAAGCCAGGACGGCAAGUCUCUAUUAGACAAGCUGCAGAGACCGCUGACCCCAGGAAGCGCUGAUUCAUUAAUGGCAUCAGCUAACUACUCCAAGGCAGUUCACCAUGUCCUAGACAUCAUCCACGAGGUUCUGCAUCACCAGAGGCAACUGGAAAACAUCUGGCAGCAUCGCAAAGUGCGGCUGCACCAGCGGCUGCAGCUCUGUGUCUUUCAGCAGGAUGUUCAGCAAGUGUUGGACUGGAUAGAAAACCAUGGCGAGGCCUUCCUCAGCAAGCACACCGGUGUUGGGAAGUCGUUGCACAGAGCCAGGGCUCUUCAAAAGAGACAUGAAGACUUUGAAGAGGUUGCACAAAACACCUACACCAAUGCUGACAAGCUGCUAGAGGCAGCAGAGCAGCUGGCACAAACUGGAGAGUGCGACCCAGAGGAAAUAUACCAGGCUGCCCACCAGCUAGAAGAUCGCAUCCAAGACUUUGUGCGACGUGUCGAACAGCGAAAAGUCCUGCUGGAUAUGUCUGUUGCCUUUCACACACAUGUCAAGGAGCUGUGGACGUGGCUGGAAGAGCUUCAGAAGGAGCUGCUAGAUGAUGUGUAUGCAGAGUCUGUUGAAGCCGUUCAGGACCUGAUCAAGCGGUUCGGCCAGCAGCAGCAGACCACGUUGCAGGCGACUGUUAACGUCAUCAAGGAGGGAGAGGACCUCAUACAGCAGCUCAGAGACUCAGCUAUCUCAAGCAACAAGACCCCUCACAACAGCUCCAUGGCUCACAUCGAGGGCGUGCUGCAGCAGCUGGACGAGGCCCAGGGCCAGAUGGAGGAGCUGUUCCAGGAGAGGAAGAUCAAGCUGGAGCUCUUCCUCCAGCUCCGCAUCUUUGAAAGGGACGCAAUUGACAUCAUCUCAGACCUGGAGUCAUGGAACGAGGAACUGUCCCAGCAGAUGAAUGACUUCGAUACAGAGGACCUGACCCUGGCUGAGCAGAGGCUGCAGCAUCACGCUGACAAAGCACUUACCAUGAACAACCUCACCUUUGACGUCAUCCACCAGGGUCAAGAGCUGCUGCAGUAUGUCACGGAGGUCCAGGCAUCCGGUGUGGAGCUGUUAUGCGACAGAGACGUGGACAUGUCCACGCGGGUGCAGGACCUGCUGGAGUUUCUUCACGAGAAGCAGCAGGAGCUGGACUUGGCUGCAGAACAGCACAGGAGACACUUGGAGCAGUGCGUCCAGCUGAGGCAUCUGCAGGCUGAAGUGAAACAGGUCCUGGGUUGGAUCCGUAAUGGUGAGUCAAUGUUGAACGCUGGUCUCAUCACAGCCAGCUCCUUGCAAGAAGCCGAGCAGCUGCAGAAGGAACAUGAACAGUUUCAACAUGCCAUCGAGAAAACCCACCAGAGCGCGCUGCAGGUGCAGCAGAAGGCUGAGGCCCUUCUCCAGGCCAACCACUACGACAUGGACAUGAUCAGAGACUGUGCGGAGAAGGUGGCAGAGCACUGGCAGCAGCUGAUGCUGAAGAUGGAGGACAGGCUUAAACUGGUUAAUGCUUCUGUGGCCUUCUACAAAACAUCUGAGCAGGUGUGCAGUGUGUUGGAAAGCCUGGAGCAGGAGUACAAGCGAGAGGAGGACUGGUGUGGCGGUGCGGAUAAACUGGGUCCGAACAGUGAGACGGACCACGUCACGCCCAUGAUCAGCAAACACCUGGAGCAGAAAGAGGCUUUCCUCAAGGCCUGUACAUUAGCCAGACGUAACGCAGACGUCUUCUUGAAGUACCUGCACAGAAACAGCGUCAACAUGCCCGGCAUGUUGUCCCAUGUCAAAGCUCCGGAGACUCAGGUCAAGAAUAUCUUGAACGAGCUGCUGCAGAGAGAGAACAGAGUCCUUCACUUCUGGACCAUGAGGAAGCGCAGGCUGGACCAGUGUCAGCAAUACGUCGUGUUUGAAAGAAGUGCCAAACAGGCCCUGGAGUGGAUCCAUGACACGGGCGAGUUUUACCUGUCCACACACACAUCCACCGGCUCCAGCAUUCACCACACGCAGGAACUACUGAAAGAGCACGAAGACUUCCAGAUCACAGCAAAGCAAACCAAAGAGCGGGUGAAGCUGUUGAUCCAGCUGGCGGAUGGGUUUUGUGACAAGGGCCACGCCCAUGCCCUGGAGAUAAAGAAAUGGGUGUCCUCGGUGGACAAGCGCUACAGGGACUUCUCUCUCCGCAUGGACAAAUACCGAACCUGCCUGGAAACGGCACUUGGCAUUUCUUCCGAUUCAAACAAGGCUAGCAAAGACCUGCAACUGGACAUAAUCCCUGCCAGUGCUCCAGGAUCAGAGGUCAAGUUGAGGGAUGCCGCCCAUGAACUCAACGAGGAGAAGAGGAAAUCAGCCAGAAGGAAAGAAUUUAUAAUGGCUGAGCUGAUUCAGACAGAGAAAGCUUAUGUCAGAGACCUGCGAGAGUGUAUGGAUACCUACCUGUGGGAAAUGACCAGCGGCGUGGAGGAGAUUCCUCACGGUAUUGUGAACAAAGAGCACAUUAUCUUCGGGAACAUGCAGGACCUCUACGAGUUUCAUCACAACAUCUUCCUGAAGGAGUUGGAGAAGUAUGAGCAGCUUCCAGAGGAUGUCGGCCAUUGUUUUGUAACAUGGGCUGAUAAGUUCCAGAUGUAUGUGAACUACUGUAAGAACAAGCCUGACUCAACUCAGCUCAUCCUGGAACAUGCCGGACCCUACUUUGAUGAAAUUCAGCAAAGACAUCGUCUUGCCAACUCCAUCUCCUCGUACCUGAUCAAGCCAGUCCAGAGAAUCACAAAAUACCAGCUGCUUCUUAAGGAGUUGUUGACAUGCUGUGAGGAGGGAAAAGGUGAGAUCAAAGAUGGUCUGGAGGUGAUGCUCAGCGUCCCCAAGAGAGCCAAUGAUGCCAUGCACCUCUCCAUGCUGGAUGGGUUUGAUGGCAACAUCGACUCCCAGGGAGAGCUGAUACUCCAGGACUCCUUCCAGGUUUGGGAUCCCAAGACUCUGAUUCGGAAAGGCCGUGACAGACACCUCUUCCUCUUCGAGAUGUCCCUGGUCUUCAGCAAGGAAGUGAAAGACUCCAAUGGGCGCAGCAAAUACCUUUACAAGAGCAAGCUCUUUACAUCAGAGCUUGGAGUAACAGAGCAUGUGGAGGGCGACCCUUGUAAGUUUGCCCUCUGGGUGGGCAGGACCCCAACCUCGGACAAUAAGAUCGUUCUUAAGGGUUCAAGUAUCGAGAAUAAGCAGGACUGGAUCAAACACAUCAGGGAGGUCAUCCAGGAGCGAACUGUGCACCUGCGUGGAGCGCUGAAGGAGCCCAUCCACAUCCCCAAAGCCACCACCGCCAAACAUAAAGGCAGACGGGAUGGAGAGGAGCUGGACAGCCAGGGAGACGCCAGCAGCCAACCAGAUACCAUCUCAAUAGCAUCACGGACAUCGCAGAACACGCUGGACAGCGACAAGCUCUCUGGCGGCUGUGAGCUGACAGUGGUGAUCCAUGACUUCAUGGCCGGUAACGGGGGCAGCAACGGGGAGCUGACGGUGCGCCGAGGCCAGACGGUGGAGGUUCUGGAGCGACUCCACGACAAGCCGGACUGGUGCUUGGUCCGGACCACGGACCGCUCCCCUGCCCAGGAGGGCAUCGUGCCCUGCUCCAUGCUGUGUAUCGCUCACUCCCGGUCCUCCAUGGAGAUGGAGGGGCUCUUCAACCACAAAGAUACCUUAUCCGUAUCUGGUAACGACGCCCUGCAGCCAGGCUCCAGCCAAACCCUGGGUCCGCACAGUUCGCCGGGCCCCAAGCGUCCUGGGAACACUUUGAGGAAGUGGCUGACGAGCCCGGUGCGCCGGCUCAGCUCCGGUAAAGCUGAUGGCCACGUCAAGAAACUUGCCCACAAGCACAAGAAGAACCGAGAAGGUGCAAGGAAGAACAUGGAGGCCGUGCCGGGCUCGCAGAAGGACUCGGACGACAGCGCCGCCACCCCGCAGGAUGAGACCUUGGAGGAACGUAUGCGGAACGAGGGGCUAAGUAGCGGCACUUUGUCCAAGUCUUCGUCAUCAGGCAUGCAGAGCUGCGGGGAGGAGGAAGGAGAGGAGGGGGCUGACGCCGUCCCCUUGCCUCCUCCUAUGGCCAUCCAGCAGCACAGUCUGCUGCAGCCCGACUCCCAGGAUGACAAGUCUGCUUCUCGCCUGUCCGCUCGUCCAAGCAGCUCAGAGACACCGAGCGCAGCUGAACUGGUCAGUGCCAUCGAGGAGUUGGUGAAGAGUAAGAUGUCCCUGGAGGACCGUCCCAGUUCUUUGUCGGUUGAGCAAGGAGACAGCAGUUCCCCCUCUCUCAACCCCUCCGAUAACUCACUCCUCUCCUCCUCCUCGCCCAUCGAUGAAGUGGAAGAGCGCAAGUCUGGCUUCCUCAAGAGAAGGCAUUAUGUUCUCCUGGAGCUGGUGGAGACAGAGAGAGACUAUGUCAGAGACCUUGGAUCUGUGGUGGAGGGCUACAUAACCAGGAUGAAAGAAGAAGGAGCUCCAGAUGACAUGAGAGGAAAAGAUAAGAUCGUCUUCGGAAACAUCCAUCAGAUCUACGACUGGCACAAAGAUUUCUUCCUGGCAGAGCUUGAAAAAUGUUUGGAGGAUCCAGAAAGGCUGGCUUCAUUAUUUGUCAAACAAGAGAGGAGGCUGCACAUGUACAUCGUCUACUGCCAGAACAAACCUAAAUCUGAGCACAUUGUGUCAGAGUAUAUUGACACUUACUUUGAAGACCUUAAGCAGCGGUUGGGACACAGGUUGCAGAUCACUGAUCUGCUAAUCAAACCAGUCCAACGCAUUAUGAAGUACCAGCUGCUGCUGAAGGAUCUUCUCAAGGUUUCCAAGAAGGCAGGAGUGGAUACAACAGAGCUGGAGAAAGCUGUAGAAGUGAUGUGUGUGGUUCCCAAGCGCUGCAACGACAUGAUGAAUGUUGGACGCCUUCAAGGCUUUGAUGGUAAAAUUGUGGCUCAGGGCAGAUUGCUCCUCCAAGAUACUUUCAUGGUUUCAGACCAAGAUGGAGGUCUUCUCUCCAGGAUGAAAGAAAGGAGGGUAUUUCUGUUUGAGCAGAUUGUUAUAUUCAGUGAGCCUCUGGACAAAAAGAAGGGCUUCUCUACUCCGGGCUACCUCUUCAAGAACAGCAUCAAGGUGAGCUGGUUGGGUCUGGAAGAAAACACAGACGAUCCCUGCAAGUUCACGCUGACAUCCAGAUCAUCUAGUGGUAACGUGGAGAAAUACACCAUCCAUUCAACAAGCCCUGGGAUCAGUCAAGUGUGGGUCCACCAGGUCAGCCAGAUCCUGGAAAACCAGCGCAAUUUCCUCAAUGCUUUGACAUCACCCAUAGAGUACCAGAGGAACCACGUGGGUGGUGGGGGGCCGGGCGGGCCCCCCGGUAGCAGCAGCAGCACAGGAGGCCUCCCCGGAGGCAGCAGCACCAACAGUACCUCCGGCAUGGGAGGAGGAGGAGGAGGCUCUGGGGGAUCGGGGGGCAACUCCUCCUCCCUGUGCGGCCCUCGCUCCCGACCCUCUCGCAUCCCACAGCCAUCGUCACGUCUCCCCCAGCCUGUCCACCACCACCACCCCCCGGGCCCCGAGGGGCCCGACAGAUCAGCAGGUAUGUGGUCACCCUGCCACCCGCAGUCCCCUCAGUCCCUCCCCUCUAACCACAGUUCAGACAGCACCACAAACGGAGAGCUGUUAGCCUCAGAAGUCCCUAAGAUGAGGAUGCUGGACGGUCCUCACGGGAGCAACUGUAAUAACAGUAACAGGCCGUCAGAUAGCACAAACAAACCCGCCGCCGGAGGCCACGAAGAGCCACAGAAGCAUCAAAUAGCUGCUAUACCACAGAUGCAAGUGGCUCCUCUGAAUUUCCCUCUCAAAAGCCCUCGAGUCAGGACAGUUUCCCCCCUUAUAUCAUCUCAGACUCUUUGUGGAGGAAAGGAGCUGUUCCCCCCUUCAAGCCCGGCACAUAAAGGGAACCCUUUCUGGGCCAUGGUUGCCCCCAUGCCCCCGUCUCCCGCCAGCAGGCCUGGCUCCUUCUCUUUCCCCAGUGACAAUAGUGGGGGAGGCGACUCUUUGGGCAGAGGAAGCCUCGGGACGCCCUCUCAUCACCGCCACUCCAACCACAGUAAGGACAUAGACCGCAUGAGCACCUGCUCCUCCACCAGCGAGCAGUCCAUACACUCCAUCCAGAGCAAUGGGAGUGAAAGCAGCAGCAGCAGCAGCGUGUCCACCAUGCUGGUGACGCAGGACUAUGUGGCCGUGAAGGAGGAUGAGAUCAGUGUGGUGCAGGGUGAGGUGGUCCAGAUGCUUGCCAGCAACCAGCAAAACAUGUUCCUGGUGUACCGGGCCGCCAAUGAGCAAUGUCCUGCUGCUGAGGGCUGGAUCCCAGGCUACGUGUUAGGGCAUACCUCAUCUUCUAUCACACCCGAGCUUCCUGAAGGAACCAUCAAAAAAUCAUCAUCAUGGCACACCGCGCUCCGUAUCCGCCGGAAGUCUGAGAAAAGAGAUAAGGAGGGCAGGAAAAUGGAGAAUGGCUACCGAAGGUCUCAGGACAACCUGGCCAGCAAAGUCUCUGUCAAGCUUCUGAAUCCCAACUGCAUCUAUGAUGCUCCGCCAGAGUUCCUCAUCCCAAUCUGCGAUGCGUCAUGUGACAGUGGUGACAGCGUGACCCUGAGGUGUAAAGUGUGUGGUCGACCUCGAGCUGGUGUCACCUGGCGCGGACCUGACAACAACACUCUCAGCAACAACGGACGCUACAGCAUCACCUACAGUGAAACAGGAGAGGCAUCUUUGCGUGUCCUGGGAGCCUCUCCAGAAGACAGUGGUGUGUACACCUGCAUUGCUACCAACGCAGCAGGUACUGUCACUUCCUCUGGCAGCCUCACAGUGUCAGGAGCCCUUGAUGAUGACUGUGAAUUCAUCUGGAAAAGCGGUUUUGAGUUCUACUACACAGAGAUCACUGAGCUUGGAAGGGGCCGGUUCUCGGUGGCGAAGCGGUACGACCAGAAAGGGAGCAAACGCACCGUUGCAGGAAAACAUGUCAACAAGAAGCUGCAACGUCGAGAGCAGACUCUGCAGGAGAUCAGACUCCUGCAGACUCUGGACCAUCCCAACCUGGUCAAGCUGCUGGACACGUAUGAGACGGCCAACAGCUAUGUCCUCGUGCUGGAAAUGGCCGACCAGGGGCGUUUCCUUGACUACAUCGUGAGCUGGGGCAACCUGACGGAGGAGAAGGUGGCUUUCUACCUCAGAGAUAUUCUUGAGGCUCUCCAUUACCUGCACGGCUGGAGGAUAGCACACCUGGAUAUCAAGCCUGAGAACAUCUUGGUGGAACAUGCAUCCUCUCAGCCCGUAAUCAAGCUGACAGACUUCGGUGACGCUGUCCAACUGAACGCCCCCUGCUCCCACAUCCACCCUCUCCUCGGGAGCCCGGAGUUCUCUGCUCCUGAACUGGUCCUGGGUCAGCCAGCCUCCCUGAUGUCUGACCUCUGGAGCUUAGGAGUAGUGACCUAUGUUGUCCUCAGCGGCGCUUCUCCCUUCCUGGAUGAAAGUCUGGAAGAGACGUGUCUGAACAUCUGCCGGCUGGACUUCAGCUUCCCCGAGGACUACUUCCAGGGUGUGAGCCCGGCUGCCAGGGAUUUUGUCUGCCAGCUGCUUCAGGGCGAGCCAGAGCGACGGCCCUCCGCCGUGUCCUGCCUGCAGGAUCCGUGGCUGCAGCCGCAAAGCGUGUCAAACAGAGAAGGUGGACACGCCACCUUAAAUCACACGUUGUCACCAGCACUGCCACCAUCCCCGAGCCAUUACAGCACACACCUGGACACAUCCAGGCUCAUCUCCUUCAUCGAGCGCCGGAAGCACCAGAACGACGUUCGGCCCGUGGGCAGCGUUACGGCCUUCCUGCGCAGCCGUCUCCUGAACCACACCUGACAGAAGUAGAUUUGACAGAUGGAUUCCUGCCAGUGCUUCUCUUGAUUCAACUGAUCUUUGUUAGAAACCUACUGAAAGAUCCACCAGCGACUUAUCCACUAAGAUCCCCUUUUCCUUCACUAAGCCACAAAAGUCCUGCUGCUGCUGACUGACUGAUGACCCUUUGACUCUUCCCCCAAACCCCACCUUAACCCUGGCGUAUGCCUGCACAACAAAAAACUGUUUGAAUCUAUUUAAGAUUUCAAACCUUGACUCAGCAGGGAGAAAACCGAGCUUUCUCAACGAGCCGACGUGAGCGAGUCUCACCUUUUAGCUCGUGUUGAACAAAGAAAAUAGAAUACUGUAUAUUAAGAAUAUUUCAGGCUGCUUUCGGUUGAAUACAAGAAAAGAGGUUUUGUUUGUUUUUUUGUAAUGAGAGAUUACUUUUUGUAAAUGAAUCCAUGUACAGUGAGACAACAGAGAACAGUCUUUAUUCAGACUAUUUGGAAAACAAAGUGUGGUUGGUUAAGUCGAAUGAAAAAAAAAAAAAAAAGAAAAAAAAAAAAGAAAGUGGCACCCAUCAGCAGGGUCCUCGUUGUUCUGGAUCAAAAUAAAAAGUACCAAAACCUUGUUUUCCAGAUAUACAUUAAAGUUACAUUCUGUGCAAUAAUUUGCUUAUCAUUAUGACCCCAUGUUUCAGUUUGUGACAGGAAAAAGAAAAAAUUAAGAAAACAAACUCAAACAAAGCAUUACAGCAUAUUUGGCAAAGUUUUCCACAUCUCCACCUGCAUCCGCCUUAGUUGUAAAUAAUGUUUUCCUGCUUUUGUUUGCCGAGUUUAAGUAAGUCCGUGCAGACAGGUGAGUCACCCGCUGCAGCUGCUCGGCGGCUGGAUUUUCAGUAUGAACAGACCGCUACUCGAAGUGCACUCGUAAUUUGCAUCGGUUCUUGUGCAAUGUUGCAGCUUUAACAUGUAUGCAACUAUUUAUGAAGACUUGUGUUGUAGCUGUAUUCUUAAAAAAAAAGGCAUGUAUGUACCUGGUACUGUUUUAGAUGUCUGUAUUGUGUUGACUCUUAUGUAUUAAGUUCAGUAUUAUCUGCAAAACCCCAAGGCAAUUGAGGGUUUUCUGAAUUAAUGUAUAAAAAUGUGUAUCUAUUAAAUACAGACACUUCUUCUUUCAUUUUGUCCUGGUUAUAUUUUUAUUUUCUGUAACAGAACCAAAGUUGUCUGUGCUUUCUUUUCCUGCUAAUAUAAGUUUUUUUUCUUGUUUUUCAUGUUAAGUUAUGACAGGUGACGCUGAGGCUGACAUGUGAGUGUUUACAAAGGUUCAGUGUGGCUUUAUUUAUUAUUAUUGUAAAGAGAUAUAGCAGAAAAAACUGAUUUCACUUCCCUGUUUUUCAAGCUGUGCACAGUGGUUUGCUCAAAUAGUUUGUUUGGCUUCUGUAGGUAGUUACUGGUGUGUUUCUACAUUUUCUUUCUUCGAAGCAUUUCAGUUCCUCAUUAUUCAAUACGAUUGGUUCUUCAAGCAAUAGGUUUUGAAAAAAUGUCUUCUGCUAUGGAGAAGGAUUUAUUAACAGCAACACUUCAAAUAUGUAUCUUAAUAAAUGUCCAUCAGCAUUAACAGGUUCAAAAAGGUAUGUUAGUUAUUUCCAUUAUAAUUUGUUGUGUUUGUGUUAAAUAGUUGUGGAAAUCUGAUUUUUUUUUUUUUUUUUUUGUAAGUGCCAGGAGAGUGAGACCUAGACAAAUGGGUGAAUCUAAAAAUCUGCUUUUUUUUUUCUUGCGAUAUUUCAAGGUUGACUGAUGUACCGUCAAAUAAACCUGGUGUAUCUUUAAAGAAAUUGAUACAAAUGUCAGUUCAAUUAGCUUUGUUGGUCUGUACAGUCUGAUUCUGCCAUUUUUGUUUCAUUUUUAUUUUUGUCAUUUUUUUAUUUAUUGGUAUGGGUCUGGGUUUCCCAAAAAGAAAACAAACAAAAAACAACAAGAUUCUGUCAAUUACUUUCUUUAAUUAUUAACAGAAUAACCUGAUCAAAGUACUGAAAUGCCUUCAGGAAAUCCAAUCCACUCAUGAUGUAAAGAUGUACAGAGAGGUUGGGGCAGUUGGCCCAUGCCCAGGAUGUAAACCUCAUAACCGUCAUAUUUUAAAUAAACCUACAACAAGACUGCAGCAAUGUCAUCUUGAAUGUCUUAUUAUGACUCAUUUUUACUUUUGCAUGUAUAUUUGUUUGUACAGAAAUUUGUGUUUACAUGUUUACUCUUGUAUGUGCUGUAAAUAGUUUAUUUUGUCCUCUGUUUUUUUUUUGCCAUUAAACGUACAAGGAACCA